AUGUCCGAAUUCAUCGGAUCGUGCAUCUCCCUCAUCUCCAAGAGCGACAUCAAAUACGUCGGAACACUACACGAGAUCAACUCGGAGAACUCGACAGUCGCCUUGGAAAAUGUCAAGUCAUUCGGUACCGAAGGCCGUCGCGGCAACCCCGACGACGAGAUCCCGCCCAAUGACCAGAUCUACGACUACAUUGUCUUCCGUGGUAGCGAUGUCAAGGACCUGACCAUUGUCGAGCCUCCCAAGGAGAACAAGCCUCAGCCUCCUCAGAUGCCCAAUGACCCCGCUAUCCUCGGUGUAAGUCAAUCUCUCCAGCUCGACCUAGCCGUAAUCGCUAUGAUGCAACAUUCCGGAUGUAAACUUCUUGUCAUUGUCCAAGAGCGCAAAACCAUGUGGACCUUUUCCGUUGCCUUCCUUCUGAGCCCAUACAACCUCGCUCGACCCUCACCCAAUCCUACCAGAGCCGCAAGACCUCACGGCGCACCUGGCGCUCCCCAAGCACCACCAGCCGGCCCUCAGGGCGCUUUCCCCCAACCCAACCAGCAGCAACAACAGCAGCAGUGGCGCGGCCCCCAGGGCCCCCAGGGUCCUCAACAACCCCCACCUUUCCCUCCAUAUGGAUACCCUCCUCCGCCCCAGGCCAACUCCCGCUUCGGUCCCCCAGCAGGUCCUCAUGGCUUCCCCGGCGCUCCUCCGCAAUUCUACGGUCCUCCUCCUCCCGGCUGGUUCCCUCCUCCUGGACAGGGCUUUCCCCAGGGUCCUCAGGGUCCUCAAGGUCCUCCUGGACACUUCCCUCCUCAGCCUAUUGGCCCCCCUGGUCAGCAGCAACAGCAACAACAACAGCAACAACAGCCUCAGGCUCAGCAACAGAGAUCCCCCGAGACUCAAGCACCCUCGGCUCCUGCUAAGCAGCAGACUGAAUCGGCCCAAGACAAUGCCGCCUUCCCUCCCAAGAUCCCUGAACAGAAGCCCACGUCUUCCGCAAACAAGACGCAAGGCACCGAAGCUACCGCGCCACCUCCUCCUGUCGACUCAAAGCCUGAUGUAGCUGCCGCCACCGCACCUGCUCAGUCGCAAUCGAAGCCCCCCACUGGUCCCAAGAACACUCGCGUCGCCGUUCCUUUGGUUCCUUUGCACGCCAAGCCUGGCAACGCACCUAGCAACCUUGCUCAACAACAACAGACCGCUACUCAAACUGCAGCUGCUGCAGUGGCUGCUGCUAUGGCGAAGCUUCCUGUUUCAUCCGCUGCUCCUGCUGACGCAGGUAUCGACAACUUGACAAAGCGCGUUGGUGACAUGCGCACUGACGACAGAACAAGACACCCACGCCAGCCUGCCCCUGGUGGCUUCGCUCCUGGACAUCGUGGAGGUCAUGGCGGAAGACGUCCCAGCAACCGUGAUCUCGUCAAGCCAGUCGAGGUACCAUCGGCAGAUUUCGAUUUCGAGACCAGCAACGCCAAGUUCAACAAGCAGGAUAUGGUAAAAGAGGCCAUCGCUACGGGCUCUCCCUUGGGUACACCUACCGCCGACGAGCCUCAGCAGGCCCAGAACGAGGCUUCCAACGGUUUUGAGGCUCCCCAAGCCGAGCGUGAGGUGGUGAUUCCUGGCGCGACUUAUAACAAGUCAAGCUCGUUCUUUGACAACAUCUCAUCCGAGCUCAAGGACAGACAGGCAGCUCAAGAUGAUGGAAGACGUAUGGGAGGCAUGGAGUUCAGAACCGAGGAGCGAAAGAAGAACUUCGAAACAUUCGGCCAGGCCAACGUGGAUAACGGAUACCGUGGCGGAUUCCGUGGUCGUGGUCGUGGCAGAGGCUACUCUCGUGGUGGCCAACGUGGCGGUUUUGCUCCUAGAGGUGGCUACGCACCCAGAGGUCGUGGUGCAAGCUUUGCCGGCGACUCUUAG